UAAAAAGAUCAAAGAAAGUCUAGUGGGGGUUUUUCAUGCUGGAAGGCGGCAGUUAAGGACACGGGGAAGGACGGCAUCUUCCGUUCUUGUCCAUGAUGGAUUGGCUGCAGCUGCUCUUCCUCCAUCCUGUAUCACUUUAUCAAGCAGCUGCUUUUCCUUUUGCACUUCUGUUUAAUUAUUCCUGCCUCCUGGAUUCAUUUUCCACUCGAGCCAGGUACCUCUUUCUCCUGGCUGGAGGAGGCACCCUGGCCGUGGCUGCCAUGCAUUGGUACGCUGUGCUCGUCUUCGUCCCUGCCCUCGGGGCUGCGGUCUUGAUCUCCUCCCUCGGCCCAUGGGAAGUCCAUAGGUGGGCUUUCUUCUUCCAGAUGAGCUGGCAGACCCUGUGCCACCUGGGUCUGCACUACUCUGAGUAUUAUCUUCAAGAGUCUCCUUCCAUGAGGUUCUGCAUCACUCUUUCUUCCCUCAUGCUCUUGACCCAGAGGGUCACAUCCCUCUCUCUGGACAUUUGUGAGAGGAAAGUGGAGGCCCCAUCAGAAGGCAUCAGGAGCAGGAACUCUCUGUCUGGGCAUCUGUAUAGGGCACUGCCCUAUUUCAGCUACUUGCUCUUUUUCCCUGCCCUCCUGGGAGGCUCCCUUUGUUCCUUCAGGAGAUUUCAGGCUCGUGUUCAACAGUCCAGCUCUUUGUGUCCUGGGCAUUGCUUCUGGGCUCUGACCUGGAGGGGUCUGCAGAUUCUGGGUCUGGAGUGCCUAAAAGUGGCCUUGAGGCGGGUGGCCAGCGGAGGAGCAGGGCUGACGGACUGCCGGCAACUCGAGUGCAUCUCUGUCAUGUGGUGCACAGCCGGGCUCUUCAAACUCACCUACUACUCCCACUGGAUCCUGGAUGACUGCCUCCUCCAGGCGGCGGGCUUCGGGGCUGAGCUUGGUCAGAACCCUGAUGGGGAGGGAUUCGUCCCCGAUGCAGACAUUUGGACCCUGGAAACAACUCACAGAAUAUCCCUGUUCACGAGAAAGUGGAACAAAAGCACGGCACGGUGGCUCCGACGGCUCGUCUUCCAGCAGCGCGAGACCUGGCCGCUGCUGCAGACGUUCGCCUUCUCCGCCUGGUGGCACGGGCUCCAUCCGGGCCAGGUGUUUGGUUUCUUCUGCUGGGCUGUGAUGGUGGAAGCUGACUACCUGAUUCACAGCUCUGCCAGGCUCCUUAUCAGAUCUCGGCCGGUGUGGCUGCUCUACAAGGCUCUCACGUGGGUCCACACCCAGCUCAUCAUUGCCUAUAUAAUGCUGGCUGUGGAGGUAAGGAGCCUCUCCUCUCUCUGGCUGCUGUGUAAUUCUUACAACAGUGUCUUUCCCAUGGUGUACUGUAUUCUGCUUUUGCUCUUAGCAAAGAGAAAGCACAAAUUUAACUGA